AAUUUUUUUCAAGCCCACAAGUCUCUUAAACCACCAGCAUUAGACUAGAACAUUGAGGCUUUAAGGAUUAAGCAAAGAAAAAUAUAUGGCUUCUGCCACCACAUUUACCAUGAUGAUGCACAUUCUGUGCUUAACUCUUUGUUCCCUCAGUUUAUUUUGCUCUGCCUUCACUUCUCAAGAUUACUCUAACGCUCUUGAGAAAUCCAUCCUCUUCUUUGAGGGGCAGAGGUCUGGAAAAUUGCCUUCAAACCAAAGGCUCACAUGGAGGGGCGAUUCCGGGCAGUCGGAUGGCUCUUCUUAUCAUGUGGACCUAGUAGGAGGUUAUUAUGAUGCAGGAGAUAAUGUCAAGUUUGGCCUACCAAUGGCCUUCACCACUACAUUAUUAGCAUGGAGUGUGAUUGAGUUUGGUAGCUCAAUGCACAACCAGAUUGAGAAUGCCAGAGCUGCCAUCAAAUGGAGUACUGAUUAUCUUUUAAAAGCAGCCACUGCAGCCCCUAACACCUUAUAUGUCCAAGUGGGAGAUCCAAACAUGGAUCAUCGGUGCUGGGAGAGGCCUGAAGAUAUGGACACGCCACGCAACGUUUAUAAGGUAUCUGAUCAAAACCCAGGGUCUGAUGUAGCAGCAGAGACGGCCGCUGCACUGGCUGCAGCUUCAAUAGUCUUCAAAGAUUCUGACCCUUCUUACUCUGCAAAAUUGCUUCAUACAGCCAUGCAAGUAUUUGAUUUUGCAGAUAGGCAUAGAGGUUCUUAUAGUGACUCUCUCAAUUCAGUUGUCUGCCCAUUUUACUGUUCUUACUCAGGCUACCAUGAUGAGCUUCUCUGGGGUGCUUCAUGGAUUCAUAGAGCCUCACAGAACAGCUCAUACUUGGCUUACAUUCAGUCCAAUGGCCACACUUUGGGCGCGGAUGAUGAUGACUAUUCCUUCAGUUGGGAUGACAAGCGACCUGGGACCAAAGUUCUACUUUCCAAGGAUUUUCUAGAGAGAACUACUCAAGAAUUCCAGAUAUACAAAGCACACUCAGACAAUUACAUAUGCUCCCUAAUUCCAGGAACAUCAAGUUUCCAGGCGCAAUAUACCCCUGGGGGACUGCUCUACAAAGCAAGUGAGAGCAAUCUGCAGUAUGUUACUUCCACAGCUUUCCUCCUCCUGACAUAUGCCAAGUAUCUUAGCUCCAAUGGAGGAGUUGCCACGUGUAGUGGUUCAACAGUCACUGCAGAAAAUCUCAUCUCACACGCAAAGAAGCAAGUUGACUACAUUUUAGGUGAUAAUCCAGCAAAGAUGUCUUACAUGGUGGGGUUUGGGGAGAAGUACCCUCAACAUGCCCACCAUAGGGGCUCCUCUCUACCAUCUAUACAUGCACACCCUGAUCAUAUUGCCUGCAACAAUGGAUUUCAAUACCUCUACUCUAGCUCACCCAAUCCAAAUGUCCUUGCUGGCGCCAUAGUCGGCGGUCCUGAUAACAAAGAUAGUUUCUCUGAUGACCGGAAUAACUAUCAGCAGGCUGAGCCAGCUACAUAUAUAAAUGCACCAUUUGUUGGUGCUGUUGCUUUCUUCUCGGCCAACCCCACUACAAAGUAGUUACAUCUUCAUUUUCUCUCUUAAGGAAUAGUAUGUGUCCCAUGUAAGUCCUAAAUUUCGAGGAAGUGGUAUUGCAGAGAAAAUAUGCUACCACUUACAAAGAAAGUUUAAGUGACUACUAAAAUUCAGUACU